UCCGAGGAAAUACGAUGGUACACGAUACGCUCAACGAGAUCGUCGCCUCGAGGCGUUGAAUAAAAAUUGCGAUUUAUCAAUGGUCCAGCAAAGCGAGACAACGCAUUCAAAGCAUCGCGGCAUCUGUAAAUCGUUUGAAAAUGUUUGGAAUUUUCCAGACCCAUUGAACUUCCGGGAUGCGGGCCAGUUGGCAGCAUUGCCGCUAGAGAGCCUCGAGGAGAUCAGGAGGGCAGAGAGAAAGAGGUGCAGUGUUGCGUGACUGACUGCGAGAUCGAGCGUGUGUGUUUGUUGUGUUGUACGAAACUUUUGUCCUCGUUUUUGGGAAGAAAGAGUUCGGUUUUAUAUUUGAGAGGAGACGCUGCACGUUUGGAAGAAGAGAAUCAUGUCGUCGUACAUCCAGGUUGCCGAGGAUGAGGGCGACGAGCCGAUCGAAUUGCCGACCGAGGACGAUAGCACGCUCUUAUUGACUACCGUAACCGCCCAGUUUCCCGGAACGUGCGGCCUCAAAUAUCGAAAUCCUGAGUCUCGGACGAUGCGUGGCAUACGUCUCGUUGACGGACGGCUUCAUCCACCCGAAAAUGGAUGGGGCAAGGCGAUUUACUUUUGUGUCUUUCCAAAAGAGAACAAACGUAAAUCUGAUGACAAUUUGGAAAAUUCCACAGCUAAGACUAAAAGAAUGGAAACAAAGUUGCGUUGCACAGACUUGAUCGUACUUGGUUUACCAUGGAAAACAACCGAGCAGAACUUGCGAGAGUAUUUCGAAACGUUCGGCGAAGUACUUAUGGCACAGGUUAAGAAAGAUGCGAAAUCUGGACAGAGCAAAGGGUUCGGCUUUAUUAGAUUUGGAAGUUACGAAUCGCAAUUGAGAUGUCUUGCUCAGCGACACAUGAUUGAUGGUCGAUGGUGCGACGUCAAGGUUCCCAACAGUAAGAAUAUUGAUGGCUUAAUGAUGGCUCGUCAGUAUGAUACGAGCAAGCACAAUGAAUGCUACCGCCCUAUACCGGUUCACACGCCGAAUAGUCGACGGGUACCUGGGGCGAAACCGUAUAUCAACUUAAACACGUCCGAAGCAGCUAACACGCCUAGGUACGAUUCGGAGUACGAUUACAAAACCACCCACUACCCGUCGUACCCUCCUAAUUAUCCGUACGACGAUAACAAUAAGUACAAGUACGACGGCCAGGCGUACAACAACGCGUACGAGAAACCGGCCGCCGGUUACCCGUCCUACGAGGAUCCCGGGUACGACGCGCGCAAUUACAUGGCUCAGCACGCGACCGCUCCACCACCGAAUCCGACCGCCGCAUAUCCGUCCGACCCAGAAUACGCAAGAUACAACUACGAAGGACGCCCCGCCGUGUACCCGGUGAUGGAGAAUCCGGACUACACGGAGAAAGCCAGAUACAAUUACGGUUACGAUCGUAACUAUUACGAGGCGGACGGUCGUUACGCGUCCCCGGACUGUAGGUACGCGCUGGACGUCCGAUAUCCGGACACCAGACACGCGGACAAUCGGAUACCGGCCGACAGUAGAGAGGCCGGCGAGUGUCGAUAUCCGGUGGACAAUCGCGACAUGGAGAGGAGGUACGCGGUGGACGGUAACAGAGAUCCGGACGGUAGAUAUGCGGUGGAGAAUAGAGAAGUGGACGCCAGGUAUCCGGCCGACGGAAAGGAAGUCGACGCCAGGUUCGCGGACACGUCAAGAUACCCGGCUAAAGAGAAUUAUUACGAUCGUUAUUACAAGCACCGUCCAUCGAGGGAUCACCACGUCUCGGACACGUCAAGAUACUGAUGAGUCUUGUUACUAUCGUUCAAUAUCACACCGUCACGAUUCAACGGGAAUGCGAAUUUUCUUUUUAUUUCUUUUAUUUUUUCCCUCUCGUUUCUGUUCUGUCGUUGGCUGCAUCGAUCGAUGAUCUUGCAAAUAAAUUUUGUACAUAUUUCGUUCUCCGCUUGUUCGCCGGGCGUGGAUACAACGGAGACACGACGAAUGUAUUCCCAUUGAUUCGCGAUCUCUGUUGCAAAAUAGUAAGACAAAAAAAGAAAAAAUUACGUUGUCUAAUAAUUAGCAUAGCUUCGAAAUAACUGUCUACAUCUUAUCAUCUAUUAUUGUGCUUAUUCAAUUUAAGAUAAUUGUAAUAUACGUAAUAUGGCAUGAAAUUUUACAUCGAACACACGUACACCCAUACACAACACACGUACACACACAUUUGAGAAAGACGACAUUGUACAGAAUUUUGUGCAUGGAUUUUAAAGAGGCCGUAGUGCUUAAGUGUUAUUAUACAUAUUCGUAAAAAAAGAAGUGUACGUUGAUUAGGCGAAACCUCUUUUCCGAGAUCGAUAAUAUAGACAUGUGUAUCAAAAAGAUUUUCUAUAAAACUUGACGUCGGUGCAAAGACGAAUAUCUUUUGCUCUAUAUGCUUCCGGUUUGACCGUUUAAAGCUCGGCUCGAUUCUCAAACGAUUUUGAAUGCACCAAACGUAUGCGCUGUACGCAAGUUUUAAUGGAUAAAAGAGAAACAUAAAAAAAAAACCAUUGUGAAAACCUGUUGUACACGAUUGAUUGAUUGUGCGUUUGU